UUAUUGGACGGUACAAAAGUUGAAAAAGACGAGGUUGGUUCGGUUUGGUGAAAACAGAGAGGAAAAAACAGAGCCCAUUGAGAACACACGUGCUUCAUUCACUACUUCAGUGUCGCUUCCCAUCUCUAUCUCUUUCACAACGUUCUUCAAUUCAAAACCACUUGUUUCUUCAGUUCCACUCUGCUUCUUCCCCUUUCUCUUCUCAUACUCACCCAGCUUUCCUUUUUAUUAAAAAAUAAAAAAAAAUGUUGAAGCUUUCGUGCAAUGGCUUGGACCGGGCUCACUCGCUGGCCCAAUGCGGCUUUGCGGGCCGGCCCGCCUGCGUCGUCCCUCGCCGGAGGAUAAGCGGCGUCUCCGGAUUCUGGUCGCCGGGCGGCAGGGCGAUCCGGGUGUCGGCGGCGGUGGUGUCGGCGAAGGAUGGCGCGGUGGCGACCCGGGUGGAGGCGGAGUCCGGGACGCUGGCGGACCGGCUGAGGGUGGGGAGCUUGACGGAGGAUGGGUUGUCUUACAAGGAGAAGUUCAUUGUGAGGAGCUACGAAGUUGGGAUCAAUAAGACUGCCACUGUUGAAACCAUUGCUAAUCUCUUGCAGGAGGUUGGAUGUAAUCAUGCUCAGAGUGUUGGAUAUUCUACUGAUGGUUUUGCAACCACCCCUACGAUGAGAAAAUUGCGUCUCAUAUGGGUUACUGCUCGCAUGCACAUUGAAAUCUACAAAUACCCUGCUUGGAGUGACGUUGUUGAGAUAGAGACAUGGUGCCAAGGUGAAGGAAGGGUUGGGACAAGGCGUGAUUUUAUACUGAAAGACUAUGCAAGUGAUGCAGUCAUUGGAAGGGCAACAAGCAAAUGGGUAAUGAUGAAUCAGGACACCAGACGACUCCAGAAAGUUUCUGAUGAUGUUAAAGAAGAGUAUUUGGUUUUCUGUCCUCGAGAGCCCAGGUUAGCAAUUCCAGAGGCAGAUAGCAAUAACUUGAAGAAAAUACCGAAAUUGGAAGACCCUGCCCAGUAUUCCAGACUUGGACUUGUGCCAAGAAGAGCGGAUCUGGACAUGAAUCAGCAUGUUAACAAUGUCACCUAUAUUGGAUGGGUGCUUGAGAGCAUGCCUCAAGAAAUCAUUGAUAGUCAUGAGUUGCAGAGUAUUACCUUGGAUUACAGACGAGAGUGCGGACAGCAUGACAUAGUUGAUUCCCUCACUAGUGUGGAAGAAAUCCAGGGUGGUGCCGAGGCAGUUUCAGAACUGAAAAGUACAAAUGGAUCUGCCAUGGCAAGGGAAGACAAACAUGAACACCAGCAGUUUCUGCAUCUACUUAGGUUGUCUACUGAAGGACUUGAGAUAAACCGGGGACGAACGGAAUGGAGAAAGAAAGCUCCAAGAUGAGAACCAUUACGUGUGCUUCCACCCAAAUCCAUGAUUCUGUUUUUGUCUUUCUUGUGUUGUUUCACGUUACCAGGGUUGUCUUAUCAAUUUUCCCUUUAUAUUUUGCUUAGAGUUUGUGCCCUUAAUAGGGGAUUGGAGAGUUAAAAUUUUGUCGCUGUUUUCUUGUCAUGCUCACAAAUUUAAAUUGUUGUCCAAAUCCUGUAGUUAGGCUAAAUAGGUUGACAUCAAUCUCUGAUCCAUUAGCAUCAGAUUCCAUGAAUGUCAUUGUACCUUAAGGGAGCAUAGAAAUCCAGGAAAUUGGUAUGGUUCUGUCAUCUACUGUAUGAUUCGAACGAUGCGUGUUGCUAAAAUAAUCAUUUUAAAAUUAUUCAAUUAGCUAAUUAUUAAUGUUCUGACUAA